AUGGAAGAAGCAUUCGAGAAGAUGCUGCCGAUCUUCCGCAAAGCAGCGGAUGCACCAGAACAGAUCUCGCGGGAAGAGAAGAACGUCUUGCAAUAUAGACUCUCACCACAGAAGGAAGAUGCCGCCGUCAAAGCACGCACAAGUAGUGAAUCGUUUGAGGACUUGGUCGGGAAAUGCUUGAACGGAGUAUCGAUAUUGACGGACGACGAAUUGGAAAUUCUUUCAAAAGGCGUGCAGCCCAUGCUGUUAUCUACAGCAAACGCAAUGAUCGAGAUACAAGAAAGACACACUACCGAAGUGCAAGCCAUGAUCGACCAAGCUUGUAAGAACAUCACCAAUCAUGAUGAGCAGAAAGCAUCACUUGCUGCCAGGGAGGAAGCGAACCGCCGUGCAGAAGUGGCUCGCGCCGAAAGACGUGCGCAACGAGCAUCGCUACCGCGACGUACACUCGAGCAGUCGGUCAGGACAGAAGCGGCUGCCAGGAAUGCUCCAUACCCCAAUAGUGCUGUCAAACGGGCUUCUGAAGCAAUUCAAAGAUUUGCACUCAAAUCUCAACCAACCGAUCUUCAGACUUUCCCUCACGAUGGCAUCUGGGGCUUCGCAUACCUUAGGACAAGCUACGAUGAUAAUGCCACUUGGGAUCGUUUUAAGCAGCGACUUGACUCAAAGGUCCAGCAGGAAUUACAAAGGUAUCUCGUUCCAGAAGCCAUGCAGAGAGGCUUCAGAUUCAUCUACCUCGAGCACAAAACACUACUUUCCGGCGGACUGGACCAGACUAGGCUCACUACAUUCUUUAACCAAAUCAAGAAUUAUUACGCAACUCUGCCUCGCGGCAUCGAUCGCAACUUNUUCAUAUCGGUCGACGAUGCUGUCUUGCGUGCUUCUGUCAAUGCCACAGAUCCACUCAUCAUUUUGCAUGAUGCCGAUGCUGGGCCUGCAACUGCUACUCAACAUUUCCCGGGUUAUUCUGGAGUCACGGUAACACAAUUCAUCGUGCUAUCCAUUCCUGGGAUUGAGGUCAAUCGCAAACAUUUGAGAUCUCUGCAUUCGUCGAUGUAUGGCUAG